UUACUUAGCACAGCAAUAAAGCGCUGAUGAAAAAGCAGAAACUGAUUGCUUUAAAGCGAGCGGAAAUUCGCAAUUAUCAGAAAUUAAGCUUGGAAACUAACUUGAUCACUUUUUAUUCCAUUUCGAGAAGCAAUUUAAACUCGUAGCAGUUGGGGUCCGAAUACUCUCUCUAGUUAAAAGUCGUUCCUGACUGUUUCAUUGCCAUUGCUUAUGUUUCACUCUUGAGUAACAACACGCACUCCAUUGUUGAUUGAAUGUUCCAAUUGUUAGUCACGGUUGGCAGGUUUUCAAACAGGGAAUGACCGUUCCAAAAUAUUAAAUUGCUUGUGUCAGCCAAUGAAUGCUUUUUCUGCCGGAAGCGUUUCUAGCAACGGUGGCAUAAUGUAAAAUAGAUAUAGCUGGACUUAAUAAAAACAAACUGACGCAGGCUGAAGUUCCCGCGCACAAACUUGGGGACACCGGAGUGAAUAGUGAAUUUUCCCUCUUUGCGUUGUCAAGAGCGCUUUAUAGUACCAGUUAACUGGCUCGACGAAUGAAACCACCAACUUCGAAAGCUAGAGAAGAGAGUUAAUUUGUGAUGUCCACAGAAGAGUGUAGUGGGGAACUUGAAUACGUAACGUCCAUUUUUCUCGUGGUGCUCCAUGCUGUAUCUGGUUUUCUGUCAAUUCUCGGCAAUGUUAUAGUUCUCCUCUCGGUUUACCAAACCCCAACAUUACACACAGUGUCAAAUUACUACAUUGCAUCGCUCGCCGUUGGAGAUUUCCUUGUCGGUGCGGUAAUCAGUCCACUUUGGGUCGCUAAAAGCGCUCUUAAUGUCUGGCGGAAUCAGCACCCUUUGACUGUGGCAGCAGAAAUAAUGUCCAUGCAGACACUGAUAACGACUACUUUCAACCUGGCCGCGGUCAGUUUAGAUCGAUAUUUAGCCAUAACGGAUGCUUUUUACUACAUGCGCGUGAUGACGAUGCGCAGUUGUGUCCUCGCCGUUUCUUUCAUUUGGGUGUUCUCGUUUGCGUUCUCCUUUCUCCGUUUGCUAGUCACUGAGCCGGUGGACCUACCAAAACUUUGGAUAGCCGUGGCGAUUGUUGGUUACACUCUUCCAUUUGCGGUCAUAAGUUACAGUUACUAUCACAUUUAUAAAGCAGCCAAAAGCCAGUCUAGAAGGAUUGAAGCUGAAGCCCGAGCCGUUUCUGUGGUUUCCGAGGCGGGCCCUAGCGAUCCAACGACCUCUCAAACGAAGCGCAACCGAAAAGCGGCCAACACGAUUGGGAUAAUAAUCGGGAUUUACCUUCUCAUGGCUUCUCCGAGCAUGGUCAUCACUGGAAUUCAACUCCUAACAACAAAUGACUGUUUGAAGAUCCGCAUCAUUCGAUACUGGUUCUGGGGAGCGCUGUGUUCGUUUGGCAGUUCCGCGGUAAACCCUUGGAUUUACGCGGCAAGGAAUCGGGAUUAUAGGCAAGCUUUUAAACGUGUUUUCAAAUGCUGGUUCUCUAACACAACAUCAAUGAACGCUGUGUCUUCAUUUCGCGGUAGACACUCAAGUAGUCAGUGAGAUAUCCGACUCGAGAUGAAACGAGCUUUUGCUACAGUCUGGCAACUAAGUCUUUUAGUCCAAAAAACGACAACACUUCAAUAACCUAGAGAAAAUUCUAGUAAAAAUUAUAAGCUUAUUUUAAAUAUUUAUCACGCAAUAAGCGCUUCUAUUUCAUUUUAUUUUAUUGCAUCUUUAUGUUAACCUGACUUUGUAGAAGGAGUCAAUAAUGGUAAAAAUUGUGAAAUAAUCAAGGCUGCCCGGCUUUAAGAAUAGACUCGCUGAAUAAAUUAAAACUUGUGCCUAACUUUAGUCCAUGAAUUUAGAAGGACAUUGUUUAAGCUUCGUGUGGCUUUAAACGUCUCAGUUCGUCAGUGAAUUUCUAAUAUUUCAUUUGCCGUAAUUGAGAAACUCUCGUAUAUGAAUGCAUUUGCCUGAAUGGAAAAGUUUCCUUUGAACAUUGAUUAAACCGCUAACUGCGGUUUGUAUUGGUGAUUCGCGUUCUUAAAACUAAGAUAUCGUUGACUGCCUUUAGCUAUUACGUUUUCGGCCGGAUUUUGUGAUUCAUCAGAGCAAUAUUGAUAAUGGAUACUUAGAAAGAGUGAAAAGGGCCAAAACAAAAUCCCCUAAUGCUGUUUUGGGAUAAUUUGCAAGUUAUAAUUACGUUCGUGGUUUCAAGAGAGCCUCUUUCAGCUUCUUUGUCAAACAGAACAUACUAUGUUUACGUACACCAAAGAGCACUUUUCAGUUUGUCAAAGUUUAUUUCUCUAGUAUUAGAUGUUCCGUGAGGUGGGUCUUUAAAUAAUAGAAGUAAACGUCGAAUAAGAGGAAAAAUUAACAAAACAAAAAAAGUAGCAUAUGACCGGCAGAUGCCACUGAAUUUGUUUUCGCGUCAAUUCGCCAUGGGAUUCUUGCUCAAUAUGUUAAUGUGUUACUGUUUGUUUGACGUAUUUUUUAAAAAACGUUGUCAGGUACCAUAGUGUUUUUAACGUUUUGCCAGUUUUUCAAACAUAAUAGAAUCGUUUUUAAAUGAUUCGAGUUCAAAGUGACUGUGUGAGUUGUAUUUUGUUGUCCUUAAUUUGGGGGAACCGGUAGUAGGUAAAUGAAAAGGCCGCGAUUAAAAUUGGAAAUAGGAUGUUUUCGCUAUGAAUCUCAAGGUUGCCACAACCUCUUUUUCUCUACAUCUCACUAUUUCUCCGGUUUUUUUAGAAGCCCUCGGCAAAGGAAACACCGUUCUCUCGCCUGCGCAGCUGGAAGCACUUCCUCAGGAGAAACUGUAAAAAGAAAAGGUUUAAUUCCAAAUAAAAGGUCAACAAUCUUC